AUGAGUGUAGGCAAGAACACACCGCCGCCCGAGAACGUGCCACCGCAGGAAGUUGGAGGAAUUUCCUUAUCUCUCAGGGUGCCGCCGUUUUGGCGCGACCGCCCCAGACUGUGGUUCAUCAGUUUCGAAGCAGCGACACACGACCUUAAGAAAAGUCAAGCGCAGUUAUCGCAGAUGGUCAUCGCGCAACUCGACAAAAUGGACGUCGAGCAAAUAUCUGACUUACUGUACAACCCACCAUCCGAAAGUCAGUAUACUGUUCUGAAGGAACGGCUUAUCUCCGUGUAUGAAGAAAGUGAGGGACGUCAAUUUCAAAAGCUACUUCAAGAGAUGGAACUAGGUGACCAAAAGCCUACCCAACUACUCCGUCGUAUGCGUAACCUGGCACGCGAUAAAGUUCCUGACUCCACAUUAAGGCUAAUGUGGAUGAACCAUCUCCCACCGCACGUCCGUUCCGUUCUCGUCGUCAGCGACACCAUCAGCAAGACCGCUGCGCUGGACGAAUUAGCAUUACUCGCAGAUAAAAUGCUAGAACAAAGCCACGAGAUCUCUGCCGUAUCCGCAGCACCGCCACCCACAUCAUCAGCAGCGCCCGCUCCACAUCAAUACGCCGAUUCUCAAUUCCUAGUAGAAGAAAUUCGGAAACUAUCACUAGAAAUCGCCGAGUUAAAAUCGUCGCAACGCAACCGCGCAGGCAACGAGCGACAGCCGCACUACGACCGGUUUUGCCGACGCCGCUCGCGCGACAGGCAUGGCUCACCGUCUCGCUCCAACUCACGCGGCCGCAGAGCAGCGCUAUCACUCGCAAAAACAGGGCUCACAUUUUUGGUUGACACGGGUGCAAACAUAUCCGUCAUACCAAAAACAAAAGGAUCCCAUGCACAAUCACUGCCAUUCAAGCUGUUUGCCGCCAACAACACCGAGAUUCCCACAUAUGGAGAGAAGACGCUCGAGUUAGACCUCAGUUUGAGAAGACCAUACAAGUGGAAAUUUAUCGUCGCCGCAGUAAACAAACCAAUCAUUGGAGCCGAUUUCCUACAGUACCACAAUCUCAUCGUGGACUUGAAAAGGAGACGCCUAAUUGACAGCGUGACCACUUUAGCCGUCAACGUACCCUCACGCCUCACCAACAUGCCUACAAUAAGGAGCAUCGACCAUCGGCAAGCCUUCCACGACAUAUUAGCCGAAUUCCCCGGUACGAGAUUGUCAUCAAUGCAGUUGAACCCAAAUCACACCGUUGAACACUACAUCGAGACGACCGGAGCACCGCUAUAUGCUCGUGCACGACCACUACCACCGCACCGCUACGCCUCGGCUAGGAAAGAGUUCGAGAGCAUGAUGCAACAAGGAUUGUGCCAGCCAAGCAAGAGCCCAUGGGCAAGCCCUCUACACGUCGUUGCAAAGAAAAAUGGUGAUAUACGAGUUUGUGGCGAUUACCGUAAACUCAACACGGUAACUAAGCCUGACCGCUAUCCCAUACCACGACUACGCGACUUCACACAUCUACUCAGCGCAAAAAAAAUAUUUUCUACGCUGGAUCUCAACCGUGCCUACCAACAAAUUCCAGUGGCCAAAUCAGACAUUGAGAAGACUGCAAUCAUCACACCGUUCGGUCUCUUCGAGUUUCCCCGCAUGUGCCCCGGCCUCCGCAACGCAGGACAAACAUUUCAACGGUUCAUUCAUCAAGUACUACGAGGACUCGAUUUUACUUUCCCAUUCGUCGACGAUGUUCUCAUCGCUUCUGAAAACGAAGAACAACACCGGCAGCAUCUACGAGCAGUGCUGCAGCAAUUUCAAGAAUACGGUAUUACCAUAAACCCUUCCAAAUGUGUCUUCGGCCAGCCAGAAGUGAAGUUCUUAGGCUACCUAGUGAAUGAACAAGGAAUUAAACCGCCGGAAGAAAAAAUAGCUGCCAUAGUACAAUAUCCAAAACCGACCACUGUAGAAGAGCUCCGACGUUUUCUCGGCAUGGUGAAUUAUUACCGAGAAAAUAUUCCAAACGCCGCAACACUACAAGCUCCACUCAACUUAUAUUUACAUCACUCGAAGAAGAAGGAUAAAACUCCACUACAAUGGAAUACAGAAGCCUCGGAAGCAUUCGAAAAAUGUAAACAAAGUAUUCAAGAAGCAGCACUUCUCGCUCACCCGCAUCACGCCGUCCCACUCGCACUCAUGUGUGACGCAUCGAACUACAGUGCAGGCGCCGUCAAUCACAACAAUGAAACACCAAGACGCACGCGCCAAAUCCUGUUCAUUAGUGAAUUCACAUCGGACAUAAGGAGCAUCAGUGGCAACGAUAACGUAGUGGCUGAUGCCCUGUCAAGAAUCGAUGCAAUCACUGCCCCUUCCACGUUUGACUACGAGCAACUCGCCCAUGCGCAAGAAAAGGACAGCGAUAUACCUACGCUACUGUCGAAUCAAAACCUACGCUUUAAGCUAAUGCCACUACCAUCAUCGCCGAAGCUUAUCCUCACAGGAUGUUCGACACCUAACGCACGCCCGUACGUACCACCAGAUCUCCGGUAUUCUGCAUUUAACGCGGUACACGGACUUUCUCACCCCGGUACUCGAACCACCCGCAAGCUCAUGAAGGAAAGAUUCUUUUGGCCUUCACUCAACGCGGACAUCGGCAAGUGGACGAAAACCUGCGUCGCUUGCCAACGUGCAAAAAUUCAACGGCACACAGCCAGCGAAGUUGCACCAUUCCCGCCAUCACACGAUCGAUUCUCUCACGUGCACAUCGACAUCGUCGGACCACUCCCAACAUCCCCGCACGGUCACCGCUACCUUAUCACUAUGGUCGACCGCACAACGAGAUGGCCUGAAGCUAUACCAUCGGAAGAGAUGACAGCUGAAACGGUAGCCAAAGCUACCGUUUCAGCUGUCAUCUCUUCAAUUGUCUGA